AUUCCCACUUAUUUCAUCAUGUAAACAUCAUAACAGAUCAUUUUUUUUCCCUGGUUGAAAUCAUACUUUAUUCCAUUAUUGUAAACUUUUAUUUUUAGAAGAAAAAAUAUAAUGUUUGAUUUUCAUUUUACUAUUAUUCACACCCACCAGAAUCAGAUUCCCCUCCCAAAAAAAUCCCCAAAAAUUCCCUCGAAUUCUCCGACAACCACCUCCAAAUGCUUUCUCUCUCCUCCACAACCACCGCAAAACCCUCGCCGUCGCCAUCUCCGGCGAAUUUUCCGGCAAAACUUUCUUCUCUCUCCACCAUCACCACCACUAUCUCCUUCUCUCCUCGCCGGAGAUAUUUUCAUGGCGUCAAAACCCUAACAAUUCGCAGCAUCGACGCUGCACAAUUCUUCGAUUACGAAUCAAAACUCGCCGCCAUUAACACAACCUCUUCAUCUACAUCUUCAUCUUAUUCGAAACUCAAAAUCGCAAUCGUAGGUUUCGGAAAUUACGGACAAUUUCUCGCGAAAACCCUAGUUUCUCAAGGUCAUACUGUUCUCGCUUAUUCUCGCUCUGAUUACUCUAAAAUCGCUGCGAAUCUCGGCGUUUCUUACUUUUCUGAUCCUGAUGAUCUUUGCGAAGAACAUCCUGAGGUAAUUAUGUUGUGUACUUCGAUUUUAUCAACUGAAGUUAUGUUGAAUUCGUUACCAUUGCAGCGACUUAAACGAUCGACGCUUUUUGUUGAUGUUUUAUCGGUGAAAGAAUUUCCGCGUAAUUUGUUUCUUCAAACUUUACCGUCUGAUUUUGAUAUAUUAUGUACUCAUCCUAUGUUUGGGCCUGAAUCUGGGAAAAAUGGUUGGGGAAGUUUGCCUUUUGUUUAUGAUAAGGUUAGGAUUGGGAAAGAUGAGGGUAGAAUUAAGAGAUGUGAGAGUUUUUUGGAUGUUUUUAGGAGAGAAGGUUGUAGGGUUGAGGAAAUGACUUGUGCUGAGCAUGAUAAGUUUGCAGCAGGGUCUCAGUUUAUUACACAUUUCUUAGGGAGGGUUUUGGAGAAGCUUGAUUUGGAGGAUACGCCGAUUAAUACGAAAGGGUAUGAGAGUUUGUUGAAUUUGGUGGAUAAUACGUCGAAGGAUAGUUUCGAGUUGUUUUAUGGGUUGUUUUUGUAUAAUCAGAAUGCUAUGGAGCAGUUAGAGAGGUUAGAUUGGGCAUUUGAGUUGGUUAAGAAGCAAUUGUUUGGACACUUGCAUGGGUUGCUAAGGAAACAGUUGUUUGGGUUUUCUGAGAUAGAUGAACGUAUUGGGAAGGCGAAGGAGAUCAAAUUUCUCUCUGAUGCUGCAGAACAGAAUGGCUCUGCCUUGUCUGCUAGGGAGAAUGCAAAUUCGGAGACAAAUUGAGUAUUGUAGUUGGGUUCGUUGAUUUAGUUUUACAGUUAUUGGACAUGAAAUUUGUAGCUGUUUAUUUGUUAAGAGAAUGCCCUCUAAGGAUUUGGAAGUUGGUUUAAAUUUGGAUCGAUUAUGAAGCAAUGGUUGGGAACUUGUGUUGUGUCUUUGUAGAGUGGUUAAGGGAGGGUAGAGUCCGUGUAUUGCUCGUGCAGAAGCAUUCAAUUUGGUUAAUAACUCCUGUUCUAGCGAGGCUUCUCAGUUAUGCAAGAAUAACAGUUUCGAAAUGGGGGCGCAUCUAGCAUGUUAAAUGUAAAGAUAUUUGAUGGCAGGUGCAUUAGCAAACGAGCUGAAGUGAUCGAAUGUUCCAAGCAUGGCUGUGGAUUUCCUGUAAAAUUCUUCUCCUUUUCUCAAUUUUGAAUUUCAGUAUACAUUUAUCUCUGUUUUUAGAAUAAGUUGCUACUCUUUUUUUUUUGCUGAGUAAGAAUUUGUUGUACAAUACAAGAGACUUUCUGCUGUAUGUAGCAUUAUGAAAUAUGAAUAACACAAGUUUAUCUUUUGUUCAACAUACAAAAAUCUUGUGCCAAAUUGAUCCCUUCUCUCUGUUUCUUUGAGAAGAGGUAUGAUGUUAUAUAUGAUCUAUGCUGAAGUAUAA